GCGCACCCGGCGUGCCCGCGCUACCGGCUGCCCCCUCCUCUCUUGACCCAGCACCUUUCUGCCCGACCGAUCUGGUCCCUUCCUCACACUCGCGACUGGGCGGCACAACCACCAGCUCUGUGUGUGUGUGUGUGUGUGUGUGUGUGUGUGUGUGUCCCUGUCCCAAGGGGGCGUGGCUCACGCCUGUAAUCCCACCACUUUGGGAGGCUAAGGCGGGCGGAUCAGGAGGUCAGGAGAUAGGACCAUCCUGGCUAACACGGUAAAACCCCCUCUCUACGAAAAAAAUACAAAAAAUUAGCAGGGCGUGGUGGCGGACGCCUGUAGUCCCAGCUACUUGGGAGGCUGAGGGAGGAGAAUGGCGUGAAACCGGGAGGCAGAGCUUGCAGUGAGCUGAGAUCGCGCCACUGCACUCCAGCCUGGGCGACAGACCAAGACUCCAUAUCAAAAAAAAAAAAAAAGAAAAAAAACCUCAAAGGAUCACUAGUGGUCAGCAACUAUGUGCAAAUAAAUAGGAAAACCUACCAAAAAUGGAUAAAUUUCCAGACACAUCUAACCUACCAAGAUUGAACCAUGAUGAAACCCAAAACCUGAACAAACCAAUAACAAAUAAUGGGAUCAAAGUGGUAAUAAAAAGUCUCCCAGCAAAGAAAAGCCUGGGACCUGAUGAUUCACUGCUGAAUUCUAGCAAACAUUUAAAGAAGAACUAAUACCAACCUUACCCAAAUGAUUCCAAAAAUAGAGAAGGAGGGAAUACUUGCAAACUCAUUCUACAGGGCUAGCAUUACCCUGAUAACAAAAUCAAACACACAGACCAAAAAAGAAAACUACAGGCCAAUACCACUGAUGAAUAUUGAUGCAAAAAUCCUCAAUAAAAUAUUAGCUAACUGAAUUCCACAACACGUUAAAGUUGGGGUGCAGUGUCCCAGGUUCACUCAACCCUUCCCGUUUUCCUCUCUGUGUGUGUCUACUUUGCCGUGUUCCCUGGUGGCGGGGCGGUGGCAGUGUUGGUGCAUGGGCCUCCCAGGACAAGGGGAAAGACAGCAAGGCUGAGGAGAAUGGCUCCGACAGUUUCAUGCACUCCAUGGACCCACAGCUGGAGCGGCAAAUGGAAACCACCCAGAACCUUGUGGACUCCUACAUGGCCAUUGUCAACAAGACUGUGUGGGACCUCAUGACCAAGGAGUUCAUCUUCUCGGAGCUGCUGUCCAACCUGUACUCACGUGGGGACCAGAAAACGCUGAUGGAAGAGUCGGCAGAGCAGGCACAGUGGCGCGACGAGAUGCUGCGCAUGUACCACGUGCUGAAGGAGGCACUCGGCAUCAUCGGCGACAUCAACACGACCACCAUCAGCACGCACAUGGGGGCCCGUGGACAACUCCUGCCUGCAGGUGCAGAGCGUCCUUGCCGGAUGCAGGUACCAAGGCUGGCUCCCACGGCCCCAAAGCCCCCCAGCCCCCAUGGCUGAGCCUGGGGACUCUUGGAACAGGCUCCGUGCCCAAGCUGGUAGACAUGGGUGCUCCCUGGAGCCGUCACAGAGCUCAUGGUUUAUGGUGUAAGGGCUGAGAGCUUAGAGGGGGUUGUGUGUGGGGCUGUACUCUGGGGCGGCCAGAGUCCUAGGAUAGUCCUCCUGGGCACACCGCACCUGUUGGGCAGCCUGAGUCAUGCUGCCAGGGCAGGGCAUCCAGCUCCCAGCCUGGGAGUGCUGAGAGCCAAAUCCACUGCAGAGCAGGGGUGAUAGUCAGAGUCCCACCUCCUCUAUCUGUCGGCAAUGCAGUGGUGAGAUAGGAUAAAACCUUGAGAGUCCCAUACACAUGGUCAACCCACAACACACCUCACAGGCCAGGCAGGAAACACAGGCCCCUUCCCUCCCUCCCAGGUACCAUCAUAGCUGCUAGCGUGUGACUGAAGGCAGGGUCCCUGGCCCCCGCUGAAGCACUAUUGCCGGCCAGCAGGCUCACGCACCUUGGAGUGUUGCUCCUAGAGGUCACCUCUGCUAUUCAGCCAAGGGGACCACAGUGCCUGCUGGCCCGGCUGACCUCCGCCCCACAAGCCCACCCACCUCCCCUGCCAUGGACUCUCCCUCUUCUGCUUUUCCCAGCGGGAAGGGCCCAGCCUCACCUAUCCGACCUGCAACCCCCAACAAGCUGAGGCUCCCCUCUUAGACUUAUAAGUCUAUAGCCAGUGGCAUCCAGCUGCAUGCCCUCCUUUCCUCCCCCAGGGACCCUUCAAGGGUUCCUGGGCUUUCUGACCCCCCAGAGGGGGCUCCGGCGAUCACUCCACCCAUCCAUCCCUUUUAGCUUCAUCAUCCUGGUUCAAGCAGUGUUCCUUCUCUAUCAGGCCUGGUGGCUGUUGUGUUGGGCUCCCCAAGGCGAGAGGUGGCCCUGGACAAGUGGGUUGGAAGACAGGGUGACUAGAGAAGAGGGAAGCCCAAAGGGGCUGAGCAUCAGUCUUAACAGUGGGUGCACUGGGUGCCGUGGAAGAGGCCAGCGCGUGUGGGGUGGGGAGGGCUGCCACAGCCCCCAGGCACUACCUGUGAAACUCCGGCUCCUCCCUCUGUCUUCCUCCCCUUUCCCUUCCAGCCCCACUUUUCCAGGAACCUUGCCACACCCGCACAUGCGCCCUUUACUCCUUGGCCCUCGCACAGCUGCUGUGGCACACCUGUGCUCUGCACUUGCCUCACCAGCUCUCUGCUCGCUUUUCUUUUUUUUUUUUUAUUAUUAUACUUUAAGUUUUAGGGUACAUGUGCACAAUAUGCAGGUUAGUUACAGAUGUAUACAUGUGCCAUGCUGGUGCGCUGCACCCACUAAAUCGUCAUCUAGCAUUGGGUAUAUCUCCCAGUGCUAUCCCUCCCCCCUCCCCCCACCCCACAACAGUCCCCAGAGUGUGAUGUUCCCCUUCCUGUGUCCAUGUGUUCUCAUUGUUCAAUUCCCACCUAUGAGUGAGAAUAUGCGGUGUUUGGUUUUUUGUUCUUGCGAUAGUUUACUGAGAAUGAUGAUUUCCAAUUUCAUCCAUGUCCCUACAAAGGGCAUGAACUCAUCAUUUUUAUGGCUGCAUAGUAUUUCAUGGUGUAUAUGUGCCACAUUUUCUUAAUCCAGUCUAUCAUCGUUGGACAUUUGGUUUGGUUCCAAGUCUUUGCUAUUGUGAAUAGUACCGCAAUAAACAUACGUGUGCAUGUGUC